CCUGAAGGCACCAUGAAGACUCUAUGCCUGUGCAUCUUCUUCUGCCUCGUGAUUGCCGGGCAUUGCGGCCCUCUUACAACCUCUGAUGCUGGAGGACAGGAUGAAGACAUGAUCAAGGCUUACUUAAAGAAGUUCUAUGAUCUGAAAGAAGAGACAUUCCCCAGUGUCCAUCGACGGGUUAACCAACUGACUCUGAAGCUGAAGGAGAUGCAGCAAUUCUUUGGUCUGGAGGUGACGGGUGUCAUGGACUCCAACACCCUGGAGGUGAUGAAGAAGCCACGCUGUGGAGUCCCAGACUUGGCUGAAUACACCACCUUCCCCGGGAAUACAAAAUGGAAAACAAACAACCUGACUUACAGAAUUGUGAACUACACACCCGACCUAUCGCAAUCUGAGGUGGACCGCGCCAUUGAGAACGCCCUCCAGGUGUGGGCGAGAGUGACUCCGCUGCGCUUCACACGUCUCUACAGCGGCACAGCCGACAUCAUGAUCUCCUUUGGACGUGGAGACCACGGUGAUGGCUAUCCUUUUGACGGCCCCGAUGGCACUUUGGCUCAUGCUUUUGCACCCUCUGUGGGCAUCGGCGGAGAUACACAUUUUGAUGAGGAUGAGACCUUCACCUCAAGAUCAUCUUCCGGGUACAACCUGUUUCUGGUUGCCGCCCAUGAGUUUGGUCACGCCUUGGGGCUCUCGCAUUCUACGGACCCCGGCGCUCUCAUGUACCCUGUUUACAGCUACACCGACCCUGAGAGGUUCUCCCUGCCUCUGGAUGACAUCAGAGGAAUCCAGUCUCUCUAUGGCCCAAACCCUGAUGUGACCCCAGAGGAACCAGACCCUAAAAAGCCCACCCCACCAACCACCCCAAAUGCUUGUGAUCCCAACUUGGUCAUUGACGCAGUUACAACUUUGCGAGGAGAGCUGAUGUUUUUCAAGGGCAGGUUCUUCUGGCGUACCUACCCUCAGAGCACCCAGUCAGAGCUCACGCUAAUCAAGAGCUUCUGGCCUGAUAUUCCUAAUAACAUUGAUGCUGCCUACGAGAGCCUCAAGAAAGACAGAGUGUACAUCUUUAAAGGCCAGAAAAUCUGGGCUCUCUCUGGUUAUGAUGUAGUCAGCGGCUACCCUAAAACUCUUAGCAGCAUGGGUGUGCCACAAUCGGUGAAGAAAAUCACAGCAGCCCUUUACGACAAAGACUCUGGGAAAGUUCUACUUUUCAACAAGACGCACUAUUACAGUUAUAACGAGAACAGUAAAGCAUUGGAGAAGGUGGAGCUGGUGAAUCUGGGCUUCCCGGGUGUGCAAGGGAGUAUCACGUCCGCAUUCCAGUAUGGUGGAUAUAUGUAUCUUACAAGUGGAACGAGGAUGUACGAAUACAGCAACAGGAGAAAGACAGUCCUCCGUGUUCUGCAGUCGAACUACUUCCUGCCCUGUUAGGCCAAUUCCACUUGACGUGUCCAGCUGACCGAGAUGCAAGCCAUCAUCUGGCAUCUGCGAGAGAUUGGUCUUUAGUAUGAAAAUUCUUUCUGGAACCUCAUUUCUUGGACAACUCACUAGGAGUAGAAUGUAUUUAAAGUAUU